AUGACGGGCUGGCCGCUGCGAUGCUGGGAGGGACUCUGCAAGCGGCUGCAGUCGAACAGGGUCGAGGACUUCUACCAGCUCGACACAGCGCUGGGAAGCGGUGCCUUCUGCGACUGGGACGGCACGGUUUACCUGGCAACCUGCAAAAAGACAUAUGACAAAGCAGCCGCAACUCGGACGCAAGGGAGCUGGGUCAAGCUUUUUAAGCGGACCAGCGCCAGCCAGGACGUCAACGGAUGUAUGACUUACGUGACACUGUCGGUCGGGUACGGGGCCGCCGCAGGUGGUGGAAGCCGGCGGUAUGAUUCUUUGGCUGUGGCAGAUGCUGCCAUCUUUGAGCUGAGGAUUUGCGACCCUUUGGCGUUCCUGUGCCUGGACAAAUUAAGGAAAAUCAUCGACUUUGGUCUUGCGUGUCGGUUCGAAGAGGGCCAAAUCCUGAAUGAUUCGCCAGGCACGGUGAUGUAUGUGGCACCAGAGAUCCUGACAGCCAACUAUCAGCCGCCUGCCUGCGACCUUUGGAGCUAUGGCGUUGUGGCGUAUCUCACGAUGAGUGGAAUAAGCCCUUUCGAUGCUGACACCGCUAAACAGGUGGCACGAAACGUCAAAAAGGCCAACUACAACUUUGAUGUGGCAUGGUCGCACGGACUAUCAGUGUUGUCCUCGCGCACUGUUUGUCUGACAUCCAGCAUGGAGAGGUGCACCGAUCGAUUCUCACGGCAUAAACGGCUUCCCUUGCCAUCGCAGCCCAUGCAGCCAUAUGCAUUGCCGCACCUUUCAGGAUCCUUGCUGGGGCCAUGUCUCCGAAGAGGGCAAAGACUUCCUCAGACGGCUGCUGCAGCCGCUUGA